GCUGUCUUCAGGCACUCUGCGAUACGACUUACAUAAUGCGGAAAAGACUCGAUAAGGACAAUGAAACCAAAACCGACAGCAAGGCAACCCCUGCGACUGAGAAGUCACACGACCAACUGACCCUUAUCAAUAAACAGUCAUACCAGUACAGUUCGUCUGGGCUGUCAGGGCUGAAGAAGGUGGCCUUAUUGCUGUGUAUUAUCUACUUCUCCGUACCUGUCAUUCUCUGUCUGUUUCCAUGGAUACUAGGCCAUUUUGUCUACUUGCACUGGGUAAGGUUUCCAUAUUUUGUGGACCUGGCCAACCCAACGCACCUGUCCCUGAAUCACACUGUGAACUUGUACCUCAGUCCAGAGGAGGGGAUCUAUCUGGGGAUAUGGCACACAGUACCUGACAGUCAAUGGCAGCAGGCCCAGGGGGAGGGGCCUGAGUGGUACAGCGAGUCUCUGGGAGACGGCUCGCCUGUUAUCAUAUAUCUCCACGGCAACGGGGGCUCCAGGGCCGUAAACCACCGUGUCCAACUUGUGAAGAUCCUGAGUGCAGCAGGGUAUCACGUACUGUCCCUGGAUUACAGAGGCUAUGGAGAUUCCAGUGGGGUGCCCAGUGAGUCCGGGAUGACCUCUGACGCCAUCUACCUGUACCAGUGGGUAAAGACACGCAGCGGGAACAGCCAGGUCUAUCUGUGGGGCCAUUCCCUAGGCACGGGCGUGGCCAGCAAUGCUGCUGUGAAGAUACAGAAGACCCAUCAGCAUGAAAUGGGUUUAGAAAGAGCAGGAGCUCGUGAACUUUUCGGAAGAAUAAAAGCAGAUCUGGGACAAAGUUACGGUGUUGAUGGUGUGAUCCUGGAGGCUCCAUACACCAACAUGGAGGAAGAAGUAGCCAGCCACCCCCUUACCGUGGUGAGGUGUAUUUUACUACGUAUUACCUCUAUUCUUUUCCGUUUUCAGAUAUAUCGGUACCUUGCCGGUUUCCAGAGUGUGCUUCAUUAUAUUAUGCAGGGGAACAAUAUGGCGUUUGCAAACGAUGAAAAUUUGAAGAGUUUGACCACCCGAAUCCUUCUCCUGCACGCCGAGGACGACGGCGUGGUGCCUUUCCCCAUGAGCCAGAAGCUGUACCAGAUUGCACGUCAAGCCCAUAGACAAUGGAACAGCGAGGACCAGGUGGCCAUGGUGACCUAUGGAGAAUCCUUGGGAUACUCACACAACUACAUUUACCUGGACCCCAAUCUCACCACCGUGGUUGGGCGCUUUCUACAAAGUACGAAUGACCAACAAUGACUCAGGAUGUUGGAAUCCCCGGGCACUCAGGAUGCUAAACGUCCCAUGUCAGGGGAAGAGCUGCCUCCUGUCCAGGCAGGAUGGAACCAUGAAGUACUGCAUGUUUUCUGCUCAUAUAGCACAAUCAUCUAAUGGCCCCAGUGACUGUCAUCUGUGACCCUAAUAUUACUAUUACAUUUUGAACAUUAAAUCAAGAAUUCAUAGGCACGUCAGUUCUGUUUUUACAACCACCAAGACGUUGCCUAGAACACUGAAUACUGUUGCAGAAUACAGCUUG